AUGGGAUCCAGCUUAUCGACCUCGUCGUCGAUGCCAACGGCAGAAAGUCGCGCCAAAGUCCAGCACCUCAUACAGGAUAACAAGGUUGUCGUCUUCGCAAAGGUUUCGUGCCCGUACUGUGUUGCGACGAAAGCGCUACUGAAGCGCAAGGGCAUUGAUUAUACCUCAAUCAAUGUGGACACAACCUCUGGCGGAACGACCAUAUUCAAUACUGUCAAGGAGAUGACGGGUCAGCGCACUGUGCCGAACAUUUUUAUUGCUCAGCAACAGAUAGGUGGCAACAGUGAGCUUCAAGCAUUGAAUAGGACAGGCGAUCUGGACGAGAUGUUGAGAAAGGCUGGAGCGCUCGCUUGA